AUGACCAGAAUGUAAAUAAAGCAGGGGCAUGUGAAACCUCAGUCUCCCCCACAUCCCCCCAUUCUCCCUGGCCUUGCAGCAGAGGUACAGCCUCGCACUGGGCCCGGGCAGAUCUCAUGCGUAAUGGAUGAUGUGCCUCGGCUGAAUACAUAUUUGAUGUUUCCCAGACUGGAGGCUGGCGCAGGUCGUUAGCAUGUUUGCUCAGUGAGCUGGAUGAAUCGGGAGAGAGCAGGAGAGAGCAGGGUGGAGAGAAGGGGCCUGAGAUGUGCCAAAGAGACAAGUACUGUUUUCCCCGUAUGGUUUCAGCUCUACUGUACUGCAGCCUGCCUGCCAAGGCCUCUCAGACAGGUCAUGUCAGCAAAAAAGCUGUCUGAAAACAAAUAUCACUGCAGGGCUUGGCCAAGGUGACAUUGAAGUAUCCUGAGGUGGUUUACAUUAUUUAAAGAGGUUUACAGGAAGGAAAGUCUCAGUCUUGGAAGAGUCUUGAUAAAAAAAAUAAAAAAAAUACAUUAGCAAUGAAUACAACCUCAUGGAAGUUUAAUACCAUGCAAAAUAACUUGCAUAACUAAUGCAUGGAAGACACACACAGAAACCUACACAAUCAUUGCCAUGAGAUACCUCAGACUGAUGCUAACAAGAACAUGCAGCUAACUGCCAAAAUAUAGGAAACACUUGAGUAAAUUAGGGUACAAAGUAUAUUGAAAGCAGGUGCUUCCACACAGUUGUGGUUUAUGAGCAAUUCCUAAGUAAUUAACCAUCAUGGCAUGUAUAAAAAUGCUGGUGUCACGAAUUCCGCCGAGGCUGCUCCUCCUCCUUGUUCGGGCAGGCUUCGGCGUUCGUCGUCCCCGGAGUACUAGCUGCUACCGUUUGAUGUUCUCUAUGUUUGUUUGGUUUUGUCUUGUUGGUGCACCUGUCUCGUAUUAUGUAUUGAUUAUGUCACCUAUAAGUUUCCUUUGGUUUUGUUUGCAGUUGUGUGUUGUUGUACGCCUGUCCGUUUGGUGUAUCGUUAUUGUGUUCUCUAGUAUUUAGUAUUUUACGCACUGUUAGCGUAAUCGCUCGCCUCCUGUGUUAGAGGCACGUUAUUUUGGUUAUUGCCUUUUUAACUAUUAAAGUCGUUGCGACUAAGCUUCUGUGUCCUGCGCCUGACUCCCACACCGCAUCCACAUCAGCUGGGCAGGCCCAGUUGCCCAUUAUUUUGGCUACCAUGGCUGUGCUCCCUUAGGAUGACAAUGCCCCUAUCAACAGGGCACGAGUGGUCACUGAAUGGUUUGAUGAGCAUGAAAACGAUGGAAACCAUAUGCCAUGGUCGUCUCAGUCACCACAUCUCAACCUAUUGGUGCCCCAAUGCCCUAUUAAGAUACUUUGUGUUGGUGUUUCCUUUAUUUUGGCAGUUACUUGUAAAUGUAACAUUAUAUGUCUCCAGAUACUUUCAAUUAAUAUCAACAAAAUUCUCGACCCUGCAAUGCUGCUGAAUCAUGUCUCUUUGACGUCUGUACGCUAUAACUGUCUCUGUAAGUCACAAGCCAACUGUCUCUCUCUAUAUAUAUACAGUAUAUAUUCUCUCCUCUUUGUUCUCAGAAUCCUAGAGAAGCGGCAGGAAAAUGGCGAGACCAUUGAGCUCACCGAUGAGGGCCAGGCGGUUCUCGUGGAGGAGAAGGAGAUGCCCGUGGUGGACUGCACCUGCUUCGGCCUGCCCCGGCGCUACAUCAUCGCCAUCCUUUCCGGCCUGGGCUUCUGCAUCUCUUUCGGCAUCCGAUGCAACUUGGGCGUGGCCAUCGUCAGCAUGGUCAACAACCAAACCAUUUACAAGGGCGACAAACCGAUUCUCGUGGUGAGUCCAAGAGUCAGAGAUAUACAGUAAAAAAAAGGGUUCUAAAAGGGUUAUAUAAAUGCAACGUGUAACAAUUUCAACGAUUUUACUGAGUUAUAGUUCAUAUAAGGAAAUCGGUCAAUUGAAAUACAUUUAUUAGGCUCUAAUCUAUGGAUUUCACAAGACUGGGCAGGGACGCAGCCAUGGUUGGGUCUGGGAGGGCAUAGGCCCACCCACUGUGGAGCCAGGCCCAGCCAAUCAGAAUUAGUUUUUCCCCACAAAAGGGCUUUAUUACAGACAGAAAUACUCCUCAGUUUCAUAAGCUGUCCGGGUGGCGGGUCUCAGACGAUCCCAUAGUUGAAGAAGCCAGAUGUGGUGGCCCUGGGCUGGCUUGGUUACACGUAGUUUGCGGUUGUGAGUCCGGCUGGACGUACUGACAAAUUCUCUAAAACGAUGUUAGAGGUGGCUAAUGGUAGAGAAUAGAACAUUCAAUUCUCUGGCAACAGCUCUGGUGGACAUUCCUGCAGUCAGCAUGCCAAUUGCACGCUCCCUCAAAACUUGAGACAACUGUGGCAUUGUGUUGUGUGACAAAACUGCACAUUUUAGAGAGGCCUUUUAUUGUCCCCAGCACAAGGUGCACCUGUGUAAUGAUCAUGCUGUUUAAUCAGCUUCUUGAUAUGCCACACCUGUUAGGUGGAUGGAUUAUCUUGGCAAAGGAGAAAUGCUCACUAGCAGAGAUGUAAACAUAUUUGUGAACAAAAGUUGAAAGAAAUAAACGUUUUAAUGCGUAUGGAAUAUUUCUGGGAUCUUUCAUUUCAGCUCAUGAAACAUGGGACCAACACUUCACAUGUUGCGUUUAUAUUUUUGUUCAGUAUACAUGGAACCUUUUCCAUCGUUUGAGUGUUCUUUGUUGGGUGAAAACGUUCUACCUGAAACCAAAAAGGGUUCUAGGUAUCACCUUUGUUUCCAUGACUGAUAUGUGUGACUUGUUGGGAGACUGAAUCCCUAUUGUCAGUGGUGGUGUUGUAUGCUCUCAAAGGGUCAGAGAGUUGGACCAAUCUGGCUGGUUUGGCUUUACCUCCUUCUCCUAAAUGGAUAAUGACCUUAUUGGUUGUAAUGACCAGCAAACACGAGAUGCAUGCCUUGUUGCACUAGCUAAAAUAGGAUUUUUACAGCCAGUAAAAACGUGGUGGCUCUCAAAGCUGCUAGGUCCAUCUAAUCGCAAUUAAAUAGUUUGAUUGUCAACUUUUAUUGGGUUGAUAAGGCUUCGAUUAAUGAUUACCGUUGAAGGGUGCUAGAAAGGGUCACCUACUUUGGUUCAGCGAUCUCACAUGUAUUUUUUCUCUUCCUAUUUCUUUGCCUUGAACUCUCCUUUAGUUUUUUUCUCACUCUCUCCAUCUCUCAAUAGAAAGCUCAGUUCAACUGGGAACCAGAAACGGUCGGAAUGAUCCAUGGGUCAUUUUUCUGGGGAUACAUAGUAACCCAAAUACCCGGGGGAUUCAUCUGUCAAAAAUUUGCGGCCAACAGGUCAGCUGCUUAUACUUAUAUGUGAAUAAUAUGCUGUGAAUAUUUCAAUAACUAUUACUGUACACUCUUAGAAAAAAGGGUUCCGAAAGGGUUCUUCGGCUGUCCCCAUAGGAGAACCCUUUUUGAUUCCAGGUAGAACCCUUUUUGGUUUCAGGUAGAACACUUUUGAGUUCCAUGUAGAACCCUCUGUGGAAAGGGUUCUACAUGGAACCCAAAAGGGUUUUACCUGGAACUAAAAUGGUUCUACCUGGAACCAAUAAGGGUUAUCCUAUUGGUACAGCUGAAGAACCCUUUUAGGUUCUAGAUAGCACCUAUUUUUCUAAGAGUGUAGGUCCAUAUCUGAUUCUAUUCCCUCUUUUUCCCCCUCUAUCACGCAGAGUCUUUGGCUUUGCCAUAGUGGCCACCUCAUGCCUGAAUAUGUUGAUCCCUUCGGCAGCACGAACUCACAUUGUCUGCGUUAUCCUUGUCAGGAUAUGUCAAGGACUUGUGGAGGUGCUUGGCUACAUUCCAUGGCUUCCCCUAGCAUACAUCAGAGUUCACACUUGCACUAUGCUGACAACUGAUUGUUUUCUCUAUGGUGAACUGGUCACUGGCCAUGUGUCAUACAUGACGAGAAUGUUUUCUUUCUCGUGUAGAGUGCAUUUCACCUGAAACACCCUAUGAGAGAAAGAGUUACACUAGGAAGUGAUGUCAUUGAUUUUAGGAGAUCAAUAACUUUUCAUAUUAGAAAGAAAACAUUAUCAUUGCGUAUGACACAUGGUCAGUGGCCAGUUCACCAUAGAGAAAACAAUCAGUUGUCAGUAACCUUUCAGUAUAACUGCAAAUAUGAAGAGUUCUUAGUCACUUAACUGUAAUUCUUUCUCUCGCAGGGUGUUUCAUACCCAGCGUGCCACGGCAUCUGGGCAAAGUGGGCCCCACCUCUUGAAAGAAGUCGAUUGGCCACGACAGCCUUUUGUGGUGAGGUCAUCUUACUCUUCUGUCAUCCUCUCUGUCUCCCCUGUCUUUGUCUGGACACUACAAAGGGUCACAGUUGUGCUCCCUACUACAAUUAAUAUAAUUUAUUGUGAUUACGUAAUUCUCCAUAAUCCUACAUGACUUUAACCAUCUCAACAUCUACUGUGACUAUUUCUACCAUUAUAAUCAUUAAUAAUCAUGCUAGGAUUGCUCAAUAUAGUAGUUCUAGUUCCACAGAAAUGCUGUUUAAUGAUGUGCACUUCCAUAUGACUGACCUUUCUGUCUCACUCAUGUUUGAGUGUGUCGGUCUCUGUAUCUCAGGGUCCUAUGCAGGAGCCGUGAUAGCUAUGCCACUGGCUGGAGUACUAGUCCAGUACUCAGGGUGGUCGUCUGUUUUCUAUGUCUAUGGUUAGUGACCUCUGUUUGUCAUAAAUGUUCCUAACUUAAAGUGAUACAGGUGUAUGAUAUUAAUUGUAUCACCCUGUUGCAGGAGAACUUUCCUGCAAUGCAGGACAUUUUAAACUUGUAAUGUAUUUAAGGUUUAAAAAGGGUUCUGAAGUUUGUAAUUUCCACUUUGUAAUUUGACUUGAUUUUCCCUUACGAAAAAUCUAUCAACCCCUACAAAAAUGUCCAUUAAUUAUAAUCCUCAUAAUAAUUCACAUUUCUUGUUGCUGCAGGAUUAUAUCCAUGCUUUAGCAAACUGGCUCAGAUUAAGAUCCUACAUGUGUAGUUCACUUUUAUGUGAAGUUAAGUUUAUCUUCGACUGUGGUCAUUUCCUCCAAACUGUUUUAAAAGGUUCGCUGCAGAGUUGGGGUCAAUUCCAUUUAAACUCCAGUCAAUUCAAAAUGUGAACUAAACUCCAAUUCAAAUUCAAAAUUUUCCUAAUUGAAAAGCAUUGAAGAGAAUUUGAAUUUUAGUGUACUUCCUGAAUUGACUGGAAUUUAAAUGGAAUUGACCACAACCCUGGGUAGUUGGUUAUUUAGCAACGUCCAGAAUCUCCUGGCUAGCAUUUUUGGAGAAUGUAGCAAUGCUAGUGAAAAUGGAUUGUGUCGUAUAGCGGUGCAAAAGUGAACAAUCCCUCAGUUCAGUUCAAGUAUGCAAAUGCUACAAAGGCUUAUGAAUUGGUUGUGAAACGUAUGCACUGUAGCUCUGACCCUCAGUCUGUCCUAGUUUUAGAAACCUCCUUUUCUCUAUUCUUACUCUGUUCUCUCCACUCUUUCCACUCUACCUUCCACCUCCCAGGCAGCUUUGGGAUCUUCUGGUAUCUCUUUUGGAUCCUGGUGUCGUACGAGAGCCCGGCAGCCCACCCCACCAUCACAGAAGAGGAGCAGAAAUACAUUGAGGAGGCUAUCGGAAUGUCAGCCGCUAACUCCACACCUGUUACGGUUAGUCUACACCAAUUCCUCUAUCCACUAACUCGCUUCUGAGCUAAUCAUCACUUUGUUUCACUUCCUCUCCAGAUCUACUUUUCAUGGCCCCUCAUUGCUGUGUUCUGACGAUGUGAUUUAGGGUUUUUGAGCCUUUGAACUAGUAUUUGUUUUUAACAGUGUCUGCAUCUGAAAUGGCACGCUAUUCCCUAUAUUAUGCACUAGUUUUGGCCCGAGCUCUGGCCAAAAGUAGUGCACUAUAUAGGGGAUAUGGGGUAUUUUAGAGCACACAAUGGAAUCAUGAUAAGAUGAUCACGAUCAACCCUGGUCUCAAUGUGGGGGUUGUUACAAAAGCUCUAAAGGGAUAGUUCACCCAAAUUACAAAAUUACAUAUUGGUUUCCUUACCCUGUAAGCAGUCUAUGUACAAAGUAUGACAGCAAUCCAUGCUUUGGUUUAGUUUCCCUGGCACUGUUUCCAAAUGUUCAACAUUUUAGCAUUUCUUGCACAAAUCCCAUGCAAGUCAUGGUAUUUACAGAUGUAGGAUCUUAAUUUGAUCACUCUUUUGUUGCUGAGAAUUAUUUUCCAAUGUUUAAAAAGGCUUCUAAAGUUAGUAAUUUCCACUUUGAAAUGUCAGACUAGAUUUGCCCUAACAAAAGAUGUAUCAACCCCUACAAAAAAUGUACAUUGAUUAUAAUCCACAUAAUAAUUCACAUUUCCGGUUGCUGCAGGAUAAUUUUCCUGCUGUAGCAAACUGGCUCAAAUUCAGAUCCUACAUCUGUAUAGUAGCAUUUGUCUCACAUCAAGUCCAACUCAUCUGUAAAUGACUUUGUUGAGAUACAGAAUCAAUUUCAGAUACUUGAUUUGGAUUUGGACAUGAUGUGCGAAAAAUGCUAAUAUCGGUAUCUUGUAUUCUAUCGAGUAUCUACUCAAUAUUUUAUUUUUAUUUUACUAUGCACUAUUGCAUGCCACCUUACUGUACAUUGAAUGUUUUCUGGUCCUUCUAGAAAUGGAACACGCCUUGGAGAGCCUUUUUCACUUCGAUGCCGGUUUACGCCAUCAUCGUGGCCAAUUUCUGUAGAAGCUGGACCUUCUACUUGCUCCUCAUUAGCCAACCUGCAUACUUUGAAGAAGUGUUCGGGUUUGAGAUCAGCAAGGUGACUAAGACAAGGAAUAUCCAUGUAGAGCUGGCCUAGAGCUAGUGCUGUGCUGGUGCAGGUUUAUCUGGCCCUGUGUGAUCCCAGGGAUGUGGGAUCCCGGGGUACACAAAUUGACUUUUCAGCUUUUCUUAUGAGGACUAGUAACAAGCACUGUUAUGCUCCUCUAAGUCUGGUCUUAUUUGUUGUACAGUACUAAAAAAUAUCCUUCCUCCUCCACUCUCUGGCCACCUCCUAUCCAUCCACCCCUCCUCACAUCCCAGGUGGGCUUGGUGUCGGCUCUCCCCCAUCUAGUGAUGACCAUCAUCGUGCCGAUCGGGGGCCAGCUGGCUGACUACCUGCGCACAAACAAAAUCAUGAGCACCACCAACGUCCGGAAGAUGAUGAACUGCGGAGGUAAGAGAGAAGGUAGAAAAGAGAAGGUAGAAAGGACGAGGAAGGAAAGAGGAGGAAGGAAAGAGGUGGAAGGAAAGAGGAGGAGCAGGCAACAGGGCAAGACAUGUCUUUGAUUUAGUGAUUAGCUAUCAAGAACCAUGAAAGAUUAUUAGUCGGUUCGUAUCAGCCAUUGAUUGGCAGCUCGUGCCAGUUUUGUCGAAUAUAACCUCAGUCUACUUUUACAUGAACAAAACUAUUCAACUACAAGGAAAAAUAGAAGGUAAAAAAAGUUUAACCAAAAAAUGUAAGCGAGAUAUUGACCUGGAAAAUACAACACCUCGUUUUGUGGUAACCAUGGUGUCCGGUCGGUGCGUGAGGAAACGAUCACUGCAUAAGGCAAAUGAUGACUUCCAGUAAAGCAGCAUUUCUUGCCACAGUAAACCAUUUUUUGACUGCAUAGAAUACAGGAGUGAGGGGAAUGAGAAGCGUAUACAUAUCUAUAUCACUGUGGGAAGCUGCACCACAUGGAGCCACAUUUGGGGCAGACUACCCUCAAUACCUUUUAACUAGAAGGAAACAAAGGAAAUAAUUUCUUAAAGAAGAAUAUCCUCUAUCCCUCUCAAGUUUCACCACUCUCUUUUUGUGCUGUUGUUUUAUCCCUGUUCAUAUACCUGAAUAUUCAAAGAAUGCUCACUUGAUUCUUGACUUCCUCCAUUUGUUUAUGUGUCUUAACGUUCUUGUGAUAGGUUUCGGAAUGGAAGCCACCCUACUGCUAGUGGUCGGGUUUUCUCAUACGAAAGCUGUGGCUAUCACCUUUUUGGUUCUGGCUGUGGGCUUCAGUGGGUUCGCUAUUUCAGGUGAGACUUGGGUUGUUCUCUUUUAGAUCUCUCAUAUCUCUCAUAUACACUACAUGGCCAAAAGAAUGUGGACACCUGCUCGUCAAACAUCUAAUUCCAAAAUCAUUGGCAUUAAUAUGGAGUUGGUCUCCCCUUUGCUGCUAUAACAGCCUCCACUCUUCUGGGAAGGCUUUCCACUAAAUGUUGGAACAUUGCUGCGGGGACUUGCUUCCAUUCAGCCACAAGAGCAUUAGUGAGGUCGGACGCUGAUGUUGGGAGAUUAGGCCUGGCUCGCAGUCGGCAUUCCAAUUCAUCCCAAAGGUGUCCGAUGGGGUUGAGGUCAGGGCUCUGUGCAGGCCAGAUGGUGAAGUGUGAUUCAUCACUCCAGAGAACGUGUUUCCACUGCUCCAGAGUCCAAUGGCGGCGAGCUUUACACCACUCCAGCCGACGCUUCGCAUUGCGCAUGGAGAUCUUAGGCUUGUGUGUGGCUGCUCAGCCAUGGAAACCCAUUUUAUAAAGCUCCUGAAGAACAGUUAUUGUGCUGAUGUUGCUUCCAGAGGCAGUUUGGAACUCGGUAGAGAGUGUGCAACCCGAGGACAGACGAUUUUUACGUGCUACGCGCUUCAGUACUCGGAGGUCCUGUUCUGUGAGUUUGUGUGGCCUACCACUUUGUGGCUGAGCCGUUGUCGCUCCUAGACGUUUCCACUUCACAAUAACAGCACUUACAGUUGAAAUUUGACGAACUGACUUGUUGGAAAGGUGGCAUCCUAUGACGGUGCCACGUUGAAAGUCACUGAGCUCUUCAGUAUGAGCCAUUCUACUGCCAAUGUUUGUUUAUGGAGAUUGCAUGGCUGUGUGCUCGAUUUUUAUACAUCUGUCAUCAAUGGGUGUGGCUGAAAUAGCCGAAUCCACUCAUUUGAAGGGGUGUCCACAUACUCUUGGCCAUGUGGUGUAUCUCUUACCUCUCAGUCUUCUGUUAUUCUCUCCUCAAGACACUUUUUCUCACACAACAGAUCAGAGUUCACUCCAGCUCCUCACAGAAACGGAUAAGCUCCGUCAGCAGAACAGCUAACCUUGAUCUGUCUAUAGAGAAUUGCAUAAUCUCUCAAGCGCAGUUAUUUAGGGGAUUGCCUCUGCUAUCUGAAAUAGAGUUUGGCUACUGUUAUAUCAUACUCUUGAAAGUUGAUGGUCUGUGUCGGUACAACAACAACAACAACAAUUUCAUGGUGACCUUUCUCUCUGUUUCCCCAUUAGGCUUCAAUGUGAACCACCUGGACAUUGCUCCCCGCUAUGCCAGUAUCCUCAUGGGCAUCUCCAAUGGGGUGGGCACUCUGUCAGGCAUGGUGUGCCCACUCAUUGUUGGUGCCAUGACCAAACAUAAGGUACAAAAUGACUCUGCUUCUACACUACAUCAUACAGCACACUGCCUACUGCAUAGCCAUUAUUAACUAUCACACAUCAUUAUAAAUCACGAUCUAUCAUAACACAGCAAGUGACUCAUAGAGGGAUAAUAGAUACAAAUUCUUACUCAAUAUUCAUCCCUCUUUUAUCACUUGUUUUAGUUUAUUUCUCUCACUCCCAUUCAUUCUCUUGUUAUUUUCUCUCUCCCUCACACACACACACACACACACAAACGCACACACACACACAAACGCACACACACACGCAGACACUCUCUCACUCCCUAUCCCACUGUCUAACAAUCACAUUAGGUAUUUCACUGUACUUGUGCACGUGACAAUGAAACUUGAAACUCUCCUCUGUAUCUUUUGUGAUGGAUAUUUUAAAUACUAUCAAAUGAGGAGAGAUACACUUAUCACACAAGUCAGAGUUCUAAUUAAACUAAAUCUUUAUCCUAAUAACUAAUCGAUAAGGGAGCUGGUCGCAAUACCCACACAACCAAGUCGAUAGAGUGACAGCCCAACGAACAAGAAAUGCUGAGGUCUUAUAUAGUGGACCUAAAAAUGCUUAGUCAUGGUUGGUUCCACCCCUCCCCGUCAGAUCAGGAGCUACCUUGUUUUCUUCUUGUGGCUAUGUGUAUCGAGUCAUAGCGCACAAACAAGUGAUAACGUUAGUUCCGUUACUUAUCAUAUCCCCACACAGCUGUGCCUUUGGAAGAUAGUAAAAGACAGGAUGAACUGAAAAACUGUGGUCACUGAGGCUCUUUGUCUUAUGCCGUGUGACCAGGUUACUCAGAAGCAACGAGAAAUUGAAACAAAACAGGUCUAUCUGUUCCUCAAGUUUAUCUCUAUCCCAUGUCCUAGACUACAUUCCCAGACCAGCUGCAGGGAGCUAUUAGGAACCAUCCUUAUGAAAAUCACAGCAUUGGUAGUUAAGAAAUGUCUCUACUAUUGUUAAGCAUAUUAAUUGUUAACUAUUCAUAUUAAACAAACCUAAUUUUUCUCACACACUUUCUUCCUCCCUCACUCGCCUUAGACGCGGGAAGAGUGGCAGUAUGUGUUUCUCAUUGCUGCACUCGUUCAUUACGGAGGUGUUAUAUUCUAUGGUAUGUAUUCUCUCUGUUUUCUUUUUUCCCCCCUCCCCUAUCGUCGCACAUCGUAAUGAAGCUGUAUAAUGAUGCAACAAUUGUUUGAAUUGACCCUGAAGUAAAUUGUGUUUCAUUUGUAUGAAACUUAUUUCAUGCCGAGCAAGCUAGAUUAUUCGUUAAAAAUCAAACAUGUAUUAUCGUAUUGAUAUUCCCUCUUGCGCGAUUGUAUUGCAUAUUGUCCUAAUAUGAAGAUAUAAUAAAUGUUGGUCCUAUUUUUUUUUUUUUUUUAUGUUAAUGCAACCGUUUAGAGUUGAGCUACAUAAUCUAGAUCCAAGUCAAUGUAAGUACAGUUUUGGAAAGAAUGAUUUCAUUUGUCUUUUGUAUUCUAGGACUUUUUGCCUCCGGAGAAAAGCAGUGGUGGGCAGAGCCCGAGCAACUUAGUGAUGAGAAGUGUGGUAUUCUGGAUGAGGAUGAGCUGGCCAAUGAGACGGAGGAGUUGUACCGUACAACCGGAGAAGGAGGCUACGGAGCAACUAUCCAAGCUCAGGAUCCCAAUGGAGGAGGAGGCGGCGCAGGAACCUGGGUCUCAGACUGGGACAAGACUGAGGAGUUAGUACAACCACCAGGAACCGAUAGCUACCUAUACAGAGGAGAGAAAGACAGGGAGCUAACAUAGAGGGACUUACAGGUAGGAGUUAUGGAGUGGGGUAGCAGACAGAAAGAGUAGAUAAAAGUUUCCUUUUGGCACAGGAACUUGGAAAGAGGUG